CUGUGUGCCAAACAUACUGAACCCAUACGUAUGUACUGGCUGCGAAAAACAACCACUGGACUGGGAUAAAGAAAUAACAGAUCAUAUCUGAAGUAAGAGCUAUAGAUACAAAGAAAACUGAAAAUGCCUGAAAAAUAAUAAACAAAACAGAUCAGAAUAAGAAAAUUGAAAUUUCCAGUAAAUAUAACAUCAAACUAAUAUUCUACACAAUGAAUAAACAUAACAGAGAUUUAAAUUAAUCUCAAACUUGAUACAUCAACAUAAAUAAUAAAAGUAUGCAAAACUGACUCUCACCAAUCCUUGAUAUUUAUAGGAAUCGUAGACACUACGAAGUAAUAGCCAGAAUGGCCAUAGGAAUUCAAAACGAAACUCAAGAAGAAAGUCUGCGAGAAGAACAAGUGCCCAUAACAUGAAAAACUUCAAGUACACAAUGGUACUGGAAAAAAUAAAGAAAAAUUACUAAUAUAAUCUGUAAAGUCCAUCUUAUUUAUAUAAUUUAAUACAUUAAGAAUGAUAAGGAGUAUAUCAAAUAAUAGGAAUAUCUUAGGAAGUUUAACGUUAAAUGAAAGUUCUGAUAGCAGUGUUAUUAUUACUGAAGGAGGAGUAAUAUCUACAAAAUAAGUAUAUAAGUCCAUUUAAACAUAAAAUGUUCUUUAUUUAUAUCAAAUUGUAUUCAAUUUUAAGGAUUUGAGGUUAUUAUUUUCAUUUUGAGGAGGCAAUGAGAAGACAGAACUGAGUCCUAAUUUGGAGGCCCAGCCAGCACAGGGGCUGAUAUUGAUAUUAGGACUUUCGUUCAAUUAGCAUUAGCUGUUACAGGUGAUAUUUAUUCAUUUAAUCAACAUUUAUUCCACAGAUGUAAAACACAUAUGGCGACCCUCCUUACCUCCCAUAUAUACCAUCUGUUAUUUUGCUUCGUUUUACUGGCCUUCGUAGUUUAGGGCACUCGCCAUUCCUUCUCUUCAUAUUCUUAAUAUCUUCACAGUUGAAAAAUACAAUAGACAACGGUGUAAAGAGAAAUAUAAACUUGUGUUUACGUUAAAUAUUUUGCGAAACUAUCAACUACUUUUGUUGUCAUUUAUGAAUAUCACUGCCCGCAAAAUUGAGUGUUUAUCGAUACAUUAAUCGACAUAAAAAGGUUGUCAAAUUAUAAUAUUUUAAUUCUUAACCGAGUUUAAUUUUUAUAACUCUUAAUUACUACGAAUAAUAUAAAAACAUUUCCCAAGUGAAUGGGCUAAACAAUAUAUUACUUUCAGAAACUUUUCUCUUCAGUUUGGAAUUGACAUGAUCAUAUCUACACUUUUUAAGUUGAAAAAGUAUUCAUUUAUAUUUUUUAAGAAAAUGACAGAAAUUAAUGUCAUAAGAAUGAGAAAAUGAAAUAAUUCCUUGUCAAUAAUAGAGGCAUUGAAAUGAAGCUUCUCUGUGUUGUUCUCUUUUUACCGCCAUUAGCCGGGCUUAAGACUAUUUCGCUGGCGCGGUCCACGACAGCGACCGCUAUUCCACGCUGCCAACCGCUGUUGGCGUACCUAUUUCGCUGAAACUGCUCACUGCGGUUGUUAUAACCUGCCUAUAACCUUCGAACAUUUCGCUGUAUCUUUGAAGAUAAAAAGAUGGACAUAAUAUAAUAAUAAAAAUGAACAUCCUAUAAUAAUGAACAUCUCUGACUACCGCUUUUUUAUUUGAGUUGGAAAAAGAAGAGAAAAUGUUGUUCAUAAAGAGAAGGAAUAUCAGUAUUUCGAUGUGAUGCUCAUCAUCAAAGUCCCUCUGAUACUAGAUAUUAUUAGUUUGAAAAGUAAUAAUAAUUAAUACAUAAUUGAUUAGUAAUAAAUAUCAUAUAUUUGUAAUUAAAUCCCAGCAGGCGAUGUUUUAUAGUUUUAUCAAUAGUAAUCAGUAAAUCACCACUUUAAUUAAAAAAUACAAAUCGAUUUUUCAAUGGGUGGAUUUUAGUAUUUACCUGACGAUAAAAUUUGUUGGAUUCUUUAAUUCAUUUAAUAUCGUUUGGAUUUAGGUAUAUUUGUAUUUCGCUGUAAAAUAUUGCUGGUGGAAUAAAUAAAUAAAUAAUCUUGUUACUUCAACCUUAAAAAAAUAAUUUACUAUUGCAUUGUUUCAGUUUUAAACAAUAUUUGUUAUAAUUUUGCCAGACUUGAAAGAAACAUAGGAAAUAAAACGUAUCGACGUGACUGUUAUCAUCAAAACAAUACUCUGAUAUGAUAACAUAACCUACAACCGCCGAACCGCCAACAGCUCCACUGCUUCAAGAGGAGUCAGAUCCGAGCAGCUUAGAUAUGACGUCAUACCUAGACUGCCGAGCAGCGCCAGCGAAAUAGGUUCCUUUCUAUUCCACUAAAGCAGUGGUCAACCGCGAGCAGUCGCGGUCGUGGCGCGGUCCACGACCGCGACUGCUCGCGGUUGACCACUGCUUUAGUGGAAUAGAAAGGAACCUAUUUCGCUGGCGCUGCUCGGCAGUCUAGGUAUGACGUCAUAUCUAAGCUGCUCGUAUCUGACUCCUCUUGAAGCAGUGGAGCUGUUGGCGGUUCGGCGGUUAUAGGUUAUGUUAUCGUAUCAGAGCAUUGUUUUGAUGAUAGCAGUCACGUUGAUAGGUUUUUUUUUCCUAUGUUUCUUUCAAGUCUGGCAAAAUUAUAACAAAUAUUGUUUAAAACUAAAACAAUGCAAUAGUAAAUUAUUUUUUUAAGGUUUGAAGUAACAAGAUUGUUUAUUUAUUUAUUCCACCAGCAAUAUUUUACAGCGAAAUACAAAUAUACCUAAAUCCAAACGAUAUUAAAUGAAUUAAAGAAUCCAACAAAUUUUAUCGUCAGGUAAAUACUAAAAUCCACCCAUUGAAAAAUCGAUUUGUAUUUUUUAAUUAAAGUGGUGAUUUACUGAUUACUAUUGAUAAAACUAUAAAACAUCGCCUGCUGGGAUUUAAUUACAAAUAUAUGAUAUUUAUUACUAAUCAAUUAUGUAUUAAUUAUUAUUACUUUUCAAACUAAUAAUAUCUAGUAUCAGAGGGACUUUGAUGAUGAGCAUCACAUCGAAAUACUGAUAUUCCUUCUCUUUAUGAACAACAUUUUCUCUUCUUUUUCCAACUCAAAUAAAAAAGCGGUAGUCAGAGAUGUUCAUUAUUAUAGGAUGUUCAUUUUUAUUAUUAUAUUAUGUCCAUCUUUUUAUCUUCAAAGAUACAGCGAAAUGUUCGAAGGUUAUAGGCAGGUUAUAACAACCGCAGUGAGCAGUUUCAGCGAAAUAGGUACGCCAACAGCGGUUGGCAGCGUGGAAUAGCGGUCGCUGUCGUUGUUGCUCUUUUAUAACACAAUUUGUUCGUUGGACUAUCCAACGAUUAGCACCAUUUUUUCUUCUAACAAGUUUUAAAUAAAUUCUGUAACCAUAGAUCUGACAGGGAGACCGUGUCAUUCAAGGAAUAUGGGAGAUAAGGAAGAGACUUUUGAUGAUGCGGUAGAGGAGAGGGUAAUCAACGAAGAGUAUAAAAUUUGGAAGAAAAACACACCUUUCCUGUAUGAUCUGGUUAUGACACAUGCUCUGGAAUGGCCAUCCCUUACAGCCCAGUGGCUUCCUGAUGUAACACGUCCAGAGGGUAAAGAUUACUCCAUCCACAGGCUUAUACUUGGCACACAUACCUCCGAUGAGCAAAAUCAUCUUCUCAUAGCAAGUGUACAACUUCCAAAUGAAGAUGCCCAGUUUGAUGCAUCUCAUUAUGACAAUGAAAAAGGAGAAUUUGGAGGAUUUGGUUCAGUGUCUGGGAAAAUAGAGAUUGAAAUUAAAAUAAAUCAUGAAGGAGAAGUUAACAGGGCGAGGUAUAUGCCCCAGAAUCCGUGUGUCAUUGCGACCAAAACUCCUUCUAGCGAUGUACUUGUUUUCGAUUACACUAAGCAUCCCUCCAAACCCGAUCCAACGGGAGACUGCCAUCCUGACCUCAGACGAUGUAGACAUCGUGGGAAGAUCGGUGUAAGCAAUAAGAGAGAUAGUCUCUGCUCUCGAAAUGACCAUACAAUCUGCCUUUGGGAUAUUAAUGCGACUCCGAAAGAGAAUCGCAUUAUCGAUGCUAAAACUAUCUUCACUGGACACACUGCUGUAGUGGAAGAUGUUGCUUGGCACCUGUUGCAUGAGUCAUUGUUUGGUUCUGUGGCUGAUGACCAAAAACUAAUGAUUUGGGAUACUAGAUCUAACAACACCAGCAAACCAUCCCAUACCGUUGAUGCUCACACUGCUGAAGUCAAUUGUUUGCAUUACUGGAAAAUGAAUUUCACAGCUGCCAAAGCAACUCGUGAAAUUAUUAAAUAUGAUGGGGAAGUUGUCCUUGGCCAAUACACUGCACGUCAUUGGUUUGAAAAAACGGUUGCACUUUGGGAUUUAAGAAAUUUGAAACUCAAAUUGCACUCAUUUGAAUCGCACAAGGAUGAAAUUUUCCAGGUUCAAUGGUCUCCUCAUAAUGAAACAAUCUUAGCUUCAAGUGGAACGGAUAGAAGGCUCCAUGUCUGGGAUUUGAGCAAGAUUGGAGAAGAACAGUCUGCUGAGGAUGCGGAAGAUGGUCCUCCCGAAUUACUCUUUAUUCACGGAGGACACACUGCAAAGAUAUCGGACUUCUCGUGGAACCCUAACGAACCUUGGGUCAUCUGUUCUGUAUCAGAAGAUAACAUCAUGCAGGUCUGGCAAAUGGCAGAAAAUAUAUACAACGAUGAAGAACCUGAUACACCGGCAUCUGAUAUAGAUGCUCCAGGCGCUGCGUCGUAAAUACUUGUACCUGUAAAAAUAUUUUUUAAAAUGGAUAUCCUGACUUUUUAGAUAAUACGGUCCUUUUUAUACUAUUUAUUACAAAAACAAAAAACUUAAAAAUGGUACAUAGAUAGCUCUGGGGUGUGUGUUCCAUUGUUUCAUUCAAGGACUGUUGUUGAAAAAUUUGUAAAAACUAAGAUAUUCUUUUUUAUUCCAUGCAAUUGUUAUCUGUUUGGGCUAUUUUUUUUUCUUUUUAAAAUGUUCCUAAAAAAAAGAGAAAUUUUUAUAAAAAAAACUUAUUAGAAUAAAACAGUUGGCCCACUCGUUUAUAUUUCUUUUCAUGUUGAAGAACGUUUCUAGUAGUUACUUAUAUUCUUAAUAAAUGUUAAGGUUAAAUAA